UUUAGUAGUUUCCUUAGCGAAUCCCGAUCUUCAAAGUGACUAAAAAUGUACGGAGAAUAUAUGCAUAGGUUGGUCGAAAGCAACAGUUUCAAACUGUUGGGAAAUCUGAUCGAUACCAUAGGUGAUCCUGAUAUUCUGAUCGAUACGGACGAGACUGCCCUGUAUCGCGUAUCGCGAAAAUUGAUUUCGGAUCCAGCGAAACACAGUGAAAUGGUGAAAUUUUUGAUGAACAGAGGUGCGGAUUUCUUGUGGCAACACGAACGCAAUGGAUUCUCGCCAGCUGUCCACAUCAUCAAAUGCGAUGAUGGAGAUCUCGUUGAUUUGCUCAUUUCCAAACUCCACUACAUCAACAAACCAGUGGACUCAGAUGACAGCACUUGCCUACAUCACGCCGCAAGAUGCGGUGGUGAAAAAACGGCCUUAAAACUACUGAAAAAAGGCGCAGAUCCAAAUAAGGCAAAUAAGGACGGCUACUCUCCUGUGCAUGAGGCUGUGUUAUCAAAGGAAGGGCACAGAAUACUCAAGCUCUUGAUUGAGUAUGGUGGUGACAUCAACCUGUGCACAGGAGGAGGCAUGACACCACUGCAUCUAGUGGCAUUCACACAAGGAGGUAAGGAAACCAUGUACUCUGUUCUGCAGUGCAAACCAAGCCUGGAGGAAAGGGACUCUUUCAGACGUACAGCCUUAUCCUCCUUCGUGAUCCUGAUGAGGGAAAGCUUCGAUGAGGUUGCAAUGCUGCUGGAUUGUGGCAGUAAUGCAAAUGCCAAAAAUGAGGGUGGUUCAAAUCUUCUCCAUGAGAUGGCGGAGGAGAGAUUUUCGGACAGCAUUCAGGCUAUGGCGAGACUUCUCAUGGAAAAUGGGAUAAAUAUAAAUGAGAAGAAUCUAUAUGCUGAAAAUACUCCAAUACAUCUGGCGGUAUUACAUGAUAAUACCGAAUUUGCCGAGCAUUUAUUGACGAGCCACCCGAAUUUGUUUUUAAGAAACGCCAAUGGUGAAACACCAUUUGAUAUGGCCAUAACGAAAAAUUGCAGUAAUAUGGUAUCCGUUAUAUUAUCCCAUUCAAUACUUAACGGAAUCCCAGAAGAAAAACUUAUCCAUAAAAGUGGGGAUGUCAAAAUUCCACGAAAUACUUUUAUGGGUAUUAUAGUCGAAACGACUAUCAAAUCAUGUGAACGGGAAAUACAAUCGAUGAAGAACACUAACCUGGAAUUUCAUCCAACGGUCAGCUUUUAUGACCUGUGUGUAAUGAAGGAAAGAAAGCUGAUUGAAUUAUUCAAGAAAUCUGCAGUGAUAAAAAGUUUGGAUUUUCAAUCGUCACAAUUAGAGGGCUUCUUUCAUUACAAAUAUCUUUUGAAGGAAAGAGUUUCAAUGGCUCGUAAGUGCAGAAUUGCCAAGGAUAUCGUUCUAGAUCAUCUCUGCAGUUUUACACCUCAAAAACUGCCUAGAAACUGUCUAGAACGUAUCGUAUACUAUAUGGACUUGAAAUUAUCGUUAACACUUCAAAGGCAAAUCACAAACUCCUUGGCAUUUGGUCGAAAUAAUUUGGAAGGAAGAGAAAUUGGAAAUUCUCCCUAAUAUUUCAAUUUGUUAAUUUUUGUCACUGUGUUUUAUUUUGCUUUGAUCUAUUCAUUGAUUUUAUGUGAGUUAAUUUCUUAUGUAAGUAAUAUUGUAUGUUCAGAACUAUAAAUUAUUAGUAAUUGAUUGUUUUUGUAAUGAUAUGUAGGUAUAUGUAUAUAAUAAAAAAUAUUUAUGUGAAA